AUGUUCCCCCACCGCCCCCUCCACCGUCUCCUCCCCCGCCUCCCCACCCACACCCGCCUCCUCAGCACCCCCCACACCCAGCAAGGCCGCCCCGUCCCCUCAAAAGACGACAUCAACACCUCCUCCAAAGAAAACACGCGCAGCGGCACCAACGACGAGGUCGCGCACGCGGGCGAGGCCGCAUACGGGCGGGCCACGAACCCGUUUGAGGAGAAGCAGGUUACUGAUAGUGAGGAGAAGACAACAACGCCGGGGUCCCCGCUGGAGGUUUCGCCCGCGAACCCGCAGGUGAGCCAUCAGGGUGAGGAGGACAAGUCCCCGACGAGGGGCACGAAGGAUGCGAAGAGGACGUCGGGGGGGAGUCGGAAUGCUACGUAG